AACAAAAUAUUAAUUUAUUACAAUGUUAACAAAACAAAUAAAACAAUAAGUGUAACGGUAUUGCUAAACUAAAAUAAGAGAACGACGGUGCGCAGCGAAUGGUAAACGAGUAGGAACUGGUACGAAAAGAAAACGGCAGAUUGGGUCCAGCCGUAUCAUGGAGGAAAAAGGAACGUUCGCUGUGCUACCGUUAACAACACGAUAACAACAUAUGUGGGUCGCCACAAUAAACAAUUUGAUAAUUAUGUCAACUGAAGUGGAAAAUAAUGAAAAUAAUAAAAAUCCGCCAUCUUUAGCAACUGAAGAAAUCAAGUUUACUGAGCGAAUGAGAAAGGCUACAAGAAAAGAACAUCGAAUUAGUGAUGCCUUAAUUAAUGCAAAAAUGACCAUCGGUAUGACAGAUAGCAAAGUAUGGGUAGAAGGAUUACGACGAUUUUACGUUGUAUAUCAGUAUCUAGAGAUUGCAAUGAAAAAGGAAGAAAAUUAUAAUUUACAUAAAUUUGGACAAAUUAAUGGUUUAUUACGUACACAACCAUUUGAAAGCAGCUUGCGACACUAUUUAGGAGAAAAAUGGCCAUCUGGAAUAACUAAAGCCAUGGCUGAAUAUUCCAACUACUUAUUAUGUUUAGAAAAUGAAAAUCACGUACUACUAUCACCAUUUAUAUAUCAUAUGUAUAUGGGCAUUUUAUCUGGUGGACAAAUACUGAUGGCUAAACAAAGAAUGGCUUUCUCAGACGGAAAAGGAUCUGAAGCAUUUUACUUUGAUAUUAAUGUAAGAGAAGCAAAGAAUCAACUACGGAAUGAAAUGAACGCUUUGGCAGAAAAAUUAGAUGAUGAAACCAAACUUAGAUUAUUAAAAGAAAGUAAAAUGGUAUAUUUGUUAAAUAAUAAAUUAGUAAAAGAAGUUAAAGUUCCUACAGAAAUUUUGUUAAUCAAGUUCAUAUUUGUUAUUGGAAUUUUUAUAUUAGUGAUCUUAUUAUGGAAGGUAUCAAAAAAAUUUCUUAUGGUUUUGUUUUAGUAAAUUAAUGACUGGUAUUUAAAAUUUUUAAAAUUUAGUUUGAUAAACCAAUUUUAAUUACCUAUGUUAAAUAAUCCAUAGUUAUAGAUGCUCUUGUAUAGUUGAUUGUUAUUAUUUUUUUUUUUAUAUACGGUUUUAUUGUAUUUGGGUAAUAAUAAAAAUAAACAAUUAAUAAUUUAUUAUAUUUAAUGUAUACAUUACUAUGCAAUACCAAUAGUAUAUUCAAUUGUAAUUAGUUUAUUAUACAUAAUAUACAUAAUAUAUAUAUAUUGUUUUAUAUUCUA